AUUAUAAGUUUUGAAAAGUUUAAAUGUAAUGAAGAGGAAUUGCAGUAGUUCAUCUGUUUAGAGGGAGCAUGUCUUAGAGAGUACAGCAAAGGUUUGCCUUAACACCAUCCUAAUGACUCAUAUAUCCCUGCCAUAGAUAAUACUUUCAUGUUUAUUCUCUGCUUUAGCUAUUGCAGUCCAUCAAAAUUACAUGUGAAAGAAUACCUUUUCCUUACGAAUUCUUAGUCAUAGCUGAGGUAAGCAGCAGAUUAUAUAUAAAUCUAGAAACUUCAGGAAAGAUAAAAGAUGUUAUGCUGAGAUCCAUGUUUGAAGUAAGUAAAAGCUGAGAAGGAAAGAGUCAGAAGAGGAGAGAAUUGUGGCCAGAUACUACAAAAACGUAAAAUAUGAUAAAUAGUAUUGCCUUUUUUGAGAAAAGAAGAGAUACUGACUUUAUUACUUCAUCCUGAAUGGCUAGUUAUUGAUUUUGCUUUGUUUUUCAAAAGCAGCAAUUCAGUGCAGAGCAUUACUUGCUUGAUUUAAAAAAAAAGGUAAAACAUUAGUGGAAUAGCCUCUUUAAUCUGCACAUUAAAAAAAUCUGCAGCCUGGCUUAAUGCCUUUCUUGUCAGUUUCUUUUUCUGUUUAUUGCUGAUUUGACAGCGUCUAGUCCUCCUUUGCUGUUAAAUGUGUGUGUGUGUCCUUUGUUUGUGCUGGUGGGUUUGCUACAUUUGAAUGAGAGAGAAAAGCCUGUCUUUGCCAUAUUGGUCUAAUUAGCCUUCUGGAUGAGCAUAUACAUUAAAUAGACUUUAUAUAAACCAUGAAAGAAGACAGCUCACAACAACGUAGAUUUUCUUCAUGUACUGGGGUUUCGCCUGUUUUAUUUCCUCCACGAAUUGAUGGCCGAAAGCUAGUCCGGAAUGCUUCAUUUGGAGGAUACAAUGAACUUUCUCCUUCCUUGCCAGGUUUUGAAAGAGGGAAGGAAGACAUUUCUCAAAAUAAAGAUGAAUCUUCACUUUCUAUGUCAAAGAGCAAGUCUGAAUCUAAACUUUAUAAUGGCUCAGAAAAGGACAGUUCAACUUCAAGUAAACUCACAAAAAAAGAAUCUCUUAAGGUGCAAAAGAAAAAUUACCGAGAAGAAAAGAAAAGAGCCACAAAAGAGUUGCUCAGUACAAUCACAGAUCCUUCUGUUAUUGUUAUGGCUGAUUGGUUGAAGAUUCGUGGUACUCUAAAGAGCUGGACCAAGUUGUGGUGUGUGUUGAAACCUGGGGUGCUACUGAUCUAUAAAACCCAAAAAAAUGGCCAAUGGGUUGGAACAGUCCUUCUGAAUGCCUGUGAAAUUAUUGAGCGUCCAUCAAAAAAGGAUGGCUUUUGUUUUAAACUCUUCCAUCCUUUGGAGCAGUCUAUUUGGGCAGUGAAGGGUCCAAAAGGUGAAGCAGUUGGCUCCAUAACUCAGCCCUUACCUAGCAGUUAUUUGAUCAUCCGAGCUACUUCAGAAUCAGACGGAAGAUGCUGGAUGGAUGCUUUAGAGUUGGCUUUAAAAUGUUCUAGUCUGCUUAAACGUACAAUGAUUAGAGAAGGAAAGGAACAUGACCUGAGUAUUUCAUCAGAUAGCACACAUGUGACUUUGUAUGGCUUAUUACGUGCUAACAACCUCCACAGUGGUGACAAUUUCCAGUUAAAUGAUAGUGAAAUUGAACGACAGCAUUUUAAAGACCAAGAUAUGUAUUCUGAUAAGUCUGAUAAAGAAAAUGAUCAAGAGCAUGAUGAGUCAGACAAUGAGGUACUGGGGAAAAGUGAAGAAAGUGACACAGAUACAUCAGAAAGACAAGAUGACUCAUAUAUUGAACCUGAGCCUGUGGAGCCUUUAAAGGAGACCACUUACACUGAACAGAGCCAUGAAGAACUUGGAGAGGCAGGUGAGGCUUCUCAAACAGAAACUGUGUCUGAAGAAAACAAAAGCCUUAUCUGGACACUGCUGAAACAAGUUCGUCCAGGCAUGGACCUGUCCAGGGUGGUUCUGCCUACAUUUAUUUUGGAACCCCGUUCUUUCUUGGAUAAACUUUCAGAUUACUACUAUCAUGCAGAUUUCCUGUCUGAGGCUGCUCUUGAGGAAAAUCCUUAUUUCCGUUUGAAGAAAGUAGUGAAAUGGUAUUUGUCAGGAUUCUAUAAAAAGCCAAAGGGACUAAAGAAACCUUAUAAUCCUAUACUUGGUGAGACUUUCCGUUGUUUAUGGAUUCAUCCAAGAACAAACAGCAAAACUUUUUAUAUCGCUGAACAGGUAUCCCAUCAUCCACCAAUAUCUGCCUUUUAUGUUAGUAACCGAAAAGAUGGAUUUUGCCUUAGUGGUAGUAUCCUGGCCAAGUCUAAGUUUUAUGGAAACUCAUUGUCUGCAAUAUUAGAGGGAGAAGCACGGUUAACUUUCCUGAACAGAGGUGAAGAUUAUGUAAUGACCAUGCCAUAUGCUCACUGUAAAGGUAUUCUUUAUGGCACAAUGACACUGGAGCUUGGUGGAACAGUCAAUAUAACAUGUCAAAAAACUGGAUACAGUGCAAUACUUGAAUUUAAACUAAAGCCAUUUCUAGGGAGUAGUGAUUGUGUUAAUCAAAUAUCAGGGAAACUUAAAUUGGGAAAAGAAGUCCUCGCUACAUUGGAAGGUCAUUGGGAUAGUGAAGUUUUUAUUAAUGACAAAAAGACUGAUAAUUCAGAGGUUUUCUGGAAUCCAACACCUGACAUUAAACAAUGGAGAUUAAUAAGACACACUGUAAAAUUUGAAGAGCAGGACGAUUUUGAAUCAGAGAAACUCUGGCAGCGAGUAACACGAGCUAUAAAUGCCAAAGACCAAACAGAAGCAACUCAAGAGAAGUAUGUUUUGGAAGAAGCCCAAAGGCAAGCUGCCAGAGAUCGGAAAACAAAAAGUGAAGAGUGGGCUUGCAAGUUAUUUGAGCUCGAUCUACUCACAGGAGAAUGGCAUUACAAGUUUGCAGAUACCCGACCAUGGGAUCCACUUAAUGAUAUGAUACAGUUUGAAAAAGAUGGGAUUAUCCAGACCAAAGUGAAACAUCGUACUCCAAUGGUUAGUGUCCCCAAAAUGAAACAUAAGCCAACCAGGCAACAGAAGAAAGUGGCAAAAGGCUAUUCCUCCCCAGAACCUGAUAUCCAGGACUCAUCUGGAAGUGAAACUCAAUCUCUAAAACCAAGCACACGAAGAAAGAAAGGGAUAGAACUGGGAGACAUUCAAAGUUCCAUCGAAUCUAUAAAACAAACACAGGAAGAAAUUAAAAGAAAUAUUAUGGCUCUUCGAAAUCAUUUAGUUUCAAGCACACCUGCUACGGAUUAUUUUCUGCAACAGAAAGACUACUUCAUCAUUUUCCUCCUGAUUUUGCUUCAAGUCAUAAUAAACUUCAUGUUUAAGUAGAAGUUCUCUACAGUUGAAUCAGUGAACUAGAAACAUCAUAUAUGGCCUGGGACCAGUGUUCAAUUUGGUUUGGUCUUUGUUAAAACAACAAAUAUUUCUAAAACAAAAAAUCUAGGCAAUAAAGAUAGAAGUGUCUACCUUUCAUGUCUUUUAUCCUUAACCUCAAAGAAGAGCUGUCCCAUUUGGUUAUUAAAGUGAGCUAUGUGUUAAAUGCCAGGACAUUUCUAGCUUUUGUGAGAACAUGUCUACAUGUGAGUAUAGUAAAUCCACAUGUAUACACAGUUGUCUCUUAUGUACACUUAACCUGAUGGUAGUCUUUUAAUCCUAUAGUAUGGUCUGAGAUAUACUAUUAACAUUGUUCACAACAAAAAUGCUGUUGAUCUUAUAAAUGUAUGUAUAGUAAUCUAUUUUCUUCUUAAAAUAGGCACAAAACUUUUUUUUUUAAAUCAAGGAAUUACAAACUGGGGAAUGAUAUAAUAAUAGACAUACUAUAAAUAAUUCAGAAUAAUAUACCAUUAAAAUCAUUUCCAAAGUACCCAUCUCAGUUGUCUUAGAAACAUUAAGAAAGAAGUAUGAAUGGUCAAAAUUAAUACAUUGAAAAAGACAGGUUGGCAAAGUUUUUAAAAGUUUACACAAGAUUUUUUAACCCCUAGAAUUAAUAUUUAUAGGAAUAAGUAUAUAUGUACUUAUGUGUAUGUCAAUAUAAAAAACUGGUAUGCAAUUACAUGGAUCUAUUAGUACUUUAACAUAAACACUUGUUGGGGAAAAAAGUAUAGUUAAAAUUGAUCAUGUUGUCCUUUUUUCUCAUUUUAUAAGUUAGCUGGUUCAUAUAGGCCAAUUCUAGAGAUAUUUUUAGGUCAUAUGAAAUACUGAUAAUUCUUUUUUUUCUUUCUGAAAAAUAUUUUAGCUUUAAUUUAUACCAUAGUGUAUUCAAUGAAUAAGUAGAAAAUAAUAACCAAUAUUUUACUUCAAAACCAAAAAGAAAAAGGCAAUAGGAAAAGACACUGUGUGAUAGCCUUUAUAUAUACAUUAAAAUUGGUUUUCUUAAAAUGUGCAAUAAGUUGAGCAUAUAAGAGUAUCAAGUUCUAAAGCUUAGUUCUUUAUCAUCCCCUCUGUUCUUAUAACUAACUCUUCGGCAAACCCACAAUUCUUUAAAAUUCCUUUUGUUCAGGUUCAAGCAUAUUUUUUCUUUUUUUGUGUAUUUCUUCAGUUUAAUAUUUUGACUGUUUUUACAUAAGUAUUUAUAGUCCUCAAAAACAAUGUUUAGGAACAUGUCAUCCUAAAAUAUACUUUAAAACCCUGAAAGUAUAGAUUUUGGAGUGGCUUUUUAACAUGAAAAUCAAGAUCAAAGAGAAUAACUGUUCUAUCUACAUUUGCCUUUGACUGAGAAGAGACAAUGAGACAGAAGGAAAAUUAGUUCUUAAUGCUGUGAUAAAUAUAAAAUCAAGAGAUGACUGCUACAUUGUAAAUAUUGAAAACCUGUUUUUUUCUAAUCAAUACAACUAUCUUAAGUAUUCUUAAGUUUCUAUGAAGAACCAUUUCCCAUGUAAUGUUGGCAAAAUAAUGCUGUAUUCCAUAUGCACGCAUGAAAAUAUUUAACAGCUUAAAUAAGAUGGACCUGUAUCCAGUAUUGUCAUUAUUCUUAGAGCAUAUGGGUUUUGGGGUUAUAUUUCAUAUUUGUCAAUAUAUUUUUCAUAUUUACAUUCUAUUACCAAUAUUAUGCUCAACUGCCUAUUCAUCAACAAUGUAGUAUUUGUAAAUAU